AUAACAGUGCGGCGCACUGAACCAUCAUUAUGUCAUGCAGAUAUGUAGCGCGUGUGUUGCGUUCUCUAUUCUCGCCAUAAUCAACUGUGCACGCAAAGGACAACAUUAACUCAGUGGCGCGGCAUUUGGCGUCACUCUCUGUAAACGUGUGAGAAGACUUACUUCGAGUGGCCCGUAUCAUUACGUCAACUUGUCCUGCAUUUUUGGAGGCUACACCAUAGACGAGGAUAUACAGACCAUAUCACUUCCUGUGUCAUUCUACUUAGUGACGAUAAUAUUGGCAACUUGCAGAGUCUGACGCGACAUCUGCGCAAAGGUUUGUGCGCAGCCUCAAACUGUAUAAUAAUGACUCACGACAAAAAGUACACAUGCGACAUCUGCGGGAAGUCGUUCACGCAAAGUGGAAGCCUCAAGCCACACAAGAUGACCCACACCGGGGAGAAACCGUACACAUGCGACAUCUGCGGGAAGUCGUUCACGAGAAGUGAACACCUCAAGCUACACAAGAUGACCCACACCGGGGAGAAACCGUACACAUGCGACAUCUGUGGAAAAUCGUUCACGCAAAGUAGACACCUGAAGACACACAAGAAGAUUCACACCGGUGAGAAACCGUACACAUGCGACAUCUGCGGGAAGUCGUUCACGCAAAGUGGAAACCUCAAGCCACACAUCUUGACCCACACCGGGGAGAAACCGUACACAUGCGACUUCUGCGGGAAAGCGUUCAGUCAAAAUGGAUACCUUAAGAUUCACAAGAGAACCCACACCGGCGAGAAACCGUACACAUGCGACAUCUGCGGGAAAUCGUUCAAAGGAAACCUUAAGCAACAUAUUCUGUUGGUCCACGGCCACGCAAAUGAGAAACCGUACACAUGCGACAUUUGCGGAAAAUCAAUUAUGCGGUAUAAGAACUUCAAAGUACACCAAAUGAAUCACGCUAAUGAGAAACCGUACGCAUGCGACAUCUGUGGGAAAUCGUACGCGAACAAUGGACAUCUCACGCGACACAAGAGGACCCACACCAAUGAAAGACCGUACGUGUGCAACAUCUGCGGGAGAGCGUUUGCGCAGAAGGGAAGUCUUAAACAACACAAGGUUACCCACACUAAUGAAAAACCGUACGCAUGCGACAUCUGCGGGAAAGCGUUCACGCAUAAUGCAAUCCUUAAACAACACAUGGUGACCCACACCAAUAAAAAACCGUACACAUGCGACAUCUGCGGGAUGUCGUUUGCGCGGAAUGGAGUCAUCAAGCAACAUAAGAUGACCCACUCAAACGAGAAGCCAUACGCAUGCGACAUCUGCGGGAAAUCGUUCACGAUCAGUGGAAACCUCAAGCGACACAAGAUGACCCACACGGAUGACAAACCGUUCAAAUGUGACAUCUGUGGUAAACGUUACAAAUGUAUGUCUCACCUUAAGCGACACGAGAUGACCCGGCACAACCAUGAGAAAGCGUACGCAUGCGACAUCUGUGGGAAAUCGUUUGUGUGCGAAAACUACCUCAAAAGCCACCAGAAGAUCCACGACGACAAAAGGGAGAGACCGUUUGCUUGUGACUUCUGUGACCAACGGUUCGACGUAAAACACCAGCUUCGACAGCAUCGUAGGAUCCACACCAAUGAGAAACCUUACGUGUGCGACAUUUGUGGCAAAUCUUUUGCGUGGAAGUCGAGCAUAAACAGGCAUCGUAGGAUCCACGCCACAGAAAAACCAGUCGAAUGACAAUACAUGGAUCGUUUACCUAUCCUUCACUACUUCCCUCCUCCCAUUGUCUUAUUAGUUUUAAGAAAUUACUUAAAGAUAUAGUCCAUCAUUUUAAUUUGUGCAUUUUGGUCGUUUUAGGCAACAAACAUUCUCAAAAUCUAAAGAAGGGUGCUGAACAACUAAGCUGAUGAAGUUUCAGCUCAGCUUCAGCUGUAUUUUUCGAGAAAAACAACAUUUUAGGAUCUCGAUUUCAAAUCAAAAGUUGCAGAAUCAC